ACUGCGCAUGCGUUGUGGUGACGUAACACAAGCGUGGAGCACAGAAAGGCUCCGGGCGGCGUCGGCUCGCUGGCAUUGCUCGGAAGCAGCUGCCGCAAGCGGAAGUAGGCGUCAGGAUACAAUUCGCCAUGGUGCUCGCCUGUCAGGUCGUGGCCAGAGCACAGCGCUAAAGGUGUGCCAAAGGAAAGAAAAAAAAAAAGAAAAAGCCUCCAAAUAAUGAUGAAGAAGGAUAUUAACUUGAGUCUGACCGACACAGACAUGAAAGCGCCCCUUCGCGACGUUGACGGCAUCCUUGGCUCCCCAGAUUUGGGUCUCCUCAAACUGUCCUCCCCGGACCUCGAGCGUCUUAUCAUCCAGUCCAACGGGAUGGUCACCGGCACGCCGACGAGCUCCCAGUUCCUGUACCCGAAACCCGGGACGGACGAGCAGGAGUUCGCCGACGGCUUCGUGAAGGCGUUGGAGGACCUGCACAAACAGAACCUGGGGGCGACGAACGCGACGUUGGGUCUGAGCGCCAGCAUCAACAUCGGCCCGGUUACGCCGAAGCUGGAGCUCCCUGUCUAUACUAACCUGAACAGCUACGGCAGCGGGCCUUUGGGGACCACCGUCAACUACUCGACGGACACGGUGCCUUUCCCGCCUCCGCCUCACCAUUUGGGCGCAGCGCCUCCGCCGGAGCCGUCGGAGCUCUCCGGCCGAGUGCUGCCGCCUAAGGAGGAACCUCAGACGGUGCCGGACGUGCAGAGCUUCGGGGAGAGCCCGCCGCUGUCUCCCGUCGACAUGGACUCGCAAGAGCGUAUCAAGGCCGACAGGAAGAGGCUCCGGAACCGGAUCGCCGCUUCCAAGUGUCGCCGACGCAAGCUGGAGCGGAUCUCCAGGCUGGAGGACAAGGUGACGACGCUCAAGAACCAAAACACCGACUUGGCUUCUACGGCCAACGUCCUCAGAGAGCAAGUGGCCCAGCUCAAGGAGAAAGUCCUCAACCACGUCAACAGCGGCUGUCAGCUGCUACCGCGGGAGGUUCAGGUGCACUAGGGCAACCUUGCAAAUCAGCAUAAAAUGCUACUCGGCGGAUAUCGAUUAAGCCGGUCAGAUCGGUGUAAAAUCUAGUUUGCAAUUAUUUUUCAUGUAUGUUGAUAAAGCUACAUUGUUUUGAUGAGCACUUGGGCCUACAUCAUUGCUGUAUUUUUAAUGUUGAUCAUGGUGGUAGUACUUGGAGACCUAAUAUGUAUAUAUAUAAUAUUUCGUUUCAAAGGCUUGCGAACCACCAAUAGUAGAGGAGCACGAAAGUGUUUUCCCUGUCACUAUAUGUUGCUCUCAUAGAUAUGUCAACAAAGACAGAUUUAAAGUAAACAAAUAAUUAUUUUUGGACCAGUUUAAUGAAAUUGGAUCAUUCCUCUCACUGCAAUAGACAAGCCUGAAAGCCCAUUUCCUCCAGAAACACUCAGCAGUGGACAAUGUGUGUUGUGCAAUGUUGUCACUGCACUUCAUGUAUCACAAAGCAGCUUUAAUCAUGGAACUUUAAAAAAAUAAUAAUAAUAAGCGCAAAUUCACAUAUAGUCACACGUCAAAUUUUUGCAUGUUCUUUUCGAUAUACAAGUUGUGUUUUGUGGACUAGAAACACUGACUCUGAGGACAAUACAUCAUUCACAUUUGCAGUAUUUACAGUCCAAUGUGUAUUUGUCAUCAUAACAUUAGGUGCACUUGUACGAUACAUGGAAAAUGCAUCUUCAAGCUGCACAUGGACUCGCGCUCAGUUAUCAUUGUACUUCCUGUUUUUCAUAUGAUUGCUCUGUGUUUAUGCCCUCAUUGUUUUUCAUACAAAUCUUUGCUGUAAUUGUCACUACUACUGCGUUAGCCUAUGACUUAAGUCUCAGUGACGGACGCUUUAGGCAGGAACCUUUUUUUUGGAGAUAAUAUUACUGUAUUGACUUAAGUUUAUUGUUGUGAAUGUGGUAUACGGUGAUCUAGAAAUGCACUGUAUCAUACUGAGAUAUAGCCAUUGCAUUCAUUUGCCCCUCGACCCAGUAUGAUGCACCACGGUUCGACACCACGAGUAUUGGAUCACAUUACAUUGUCCAGGCACACAUAUUAAAAUGUGUUCGUUUGCAUGUUGUCCACAAACUCGAAUGUAGCCAACUGCUGAGCGUCAACUUAAUUAGCUGUGUGUGUGGCAUGCCAUGCAGUCCUCAAGUUUUCUAUUUCAGCGCAGCGUUCGGGAUGACAUCCAGAGCCCACAGUUAAUGUCUUGUGAAAUAAAUUAUGCCGUAUUAAA